GUGACAUCACCACGUCACGCGAGCAAGGCGCGAACGUGCUUUUGUCCCAUACCCCCAUGUUGACACAUCAUCGCGAGCAAGCGUCCGAGCCUCUCCUCGUCUCCUUCCUUCCUCCUCGCCGUAGUCACGUUUCGUCCACUGGCUUGCUACACCCGCACGGACCAGACCAAAAGGCCAACACAACAUGAGCGCCGUCAACUUCCCGGGCCAGGAGAAGAUCUGGUUUGAGAAAAGUCGCUACGACGAGGCCGAGCGCCGCUUCUUCGAGCGCGUGGCCGGCUCCUCGCCGUCGGCGCCGACAGUUUGCGAUGCGGGUGCCAUCGCCAUCCUCCAAGACAUCGCUCGUGCCCGGGAGAACAUUCAGAAGUCGCUUGCCGGAAGCACCUGCAGCAGCAGCGCCGCCGAUCAAGAAAUGAUGUCGCGAAUCAAAAGCCUGGAGCUGGAGAACAAGAGUUUAUAUCGAGUGGUCGAAGAUUUGAGGGCAUCCUUUUCCGAGCUGGAAUGUCGAGUCGCCGUCUUGGAGAAAAGCCCCACAGCGCCGGCAGUGCCGGCCACCGCUCCUUCAGUCCCCUACACAAACGGAACCGCCGUCCAGCAGACCUGCGACCCGGCGAAACGCAACAUCAGCGAUGACGACGAUCUGGACUUGUUCGAUAGCGAUGACGACGAAGAGGCCGAGAAACUCAAAGAGCAGCGGUUGAAAGAUUACGCCGAGAGGAAGGCCAAGAAGCCCGGCGUCAUCGCCAAGUCCUCCAUCUUGCUGGACGUCAAACCGUGGGACGACGAAACCGACAUGGCCAAGUUGGAAGAGUGCGUGCGCUCCGUGCGAGCCGACGGCCUCUUAUGGGGAAUGUCCAAACUGGUUCCCGUGGGUUACGGCAUCAACAAGCUUCAGAUCUCCUGCGUGGUGGAAGAUGACAAGGUUGGAACGGACCUGUUGGAAGAAGAGAUCACCAAGUUUGAAGACUACGUUCAGAGCGUCGACGUCGCGGCUUUCAACAAGAUUUAAAGAGUUGUCGUCUCGUCCUGUCCGUUCCCACGCUUUGUUUUAAUGUCACAUAAUAAAAGAUUCUUGCACUGAG